CCCAGAAUAAUUGCCAGAAAAUGUUGAGCAUAUAUGUGGUGACUGACAUAGCAGAACAGUGUAUGCAGGUGCAGCGUGUGCAACGAGCCAACGAGUGCGAAGUACAGUGUGACGUGUGACACGUUGUUUGACGACGCAACGAUACGUCAAAACGAUCUAAUGAUAACGCACGAAACGCAGAAAGUAACUCUUGUUCAAACACCUCAAAAUUAAUCAGAACAACAAAACAAUGUGAACGGAUCAGCCUGAUAAUAACCUUUAAAGUGAAGAAGAAAAUAUAUAGUAAAAAUGCGGUUUAAUAAUAUCUUCGUAUUGACCACGUUCCUUUUGAUCCAAGGACGUCAUGUGUCACUCGCCAGAGAUGGAGAAGCUAAUCAAUCAAGUCUAAAUAUCACAACUAAUGUAUCUGACCAUGUUACAACUUUUGCAAACAGUAUAAAGCCAACCGUCUCAUCCAAUAGUUUGAAUAUCAACACUGUCUCGAAUGUCAACAAUGGGAUUUGGACAAAGACCGGAAACGAUAGUGCCUCCAAGUCACCAGAAAUUUCAGUUGUUUCAGAGAGCUCAAAAUCAGCAUCGACGGAUAGCGAUGAUUCGGUCAAACAUACAAGUGUGGCAGGCUCAACAGCCAACUCAACAAUUCUACCUGUUACCAACAAUAUGUCUUUGGUCACGACUGAAUCAUCAGUUGGAGUACGCAGCACAGAACUGACAAAUUCUACAAAUGCAAGCUCGACAAUGUCUCCUCUUACUGAGCCUGUAUUACCUGAUAAGGGCUCUGCUGAGGAAGAGCACAAUAGUUCGAUGUCCAUUUUCUUUGUACUUUGCGUUUUGGCAUUGGGAAUUUUAUUGAUCCAUCUAAUGCUCCAAACAAAUUUCCAAUACUUACCAGAGUCUGUGGUCAUUGUGUUCCUUGGUGGUGCCAUAGGAAUGAUAAUAAACAUGAUGUCUCAUCAAAAUAUUGCAAAUUGGCGGAAAGAAGAAGCUUUUUCACCUACAGCAUUCUUUCUAGUUCUCCUGCCGCCUAUUAUCUUUGAGUCUGGUUAUAAUCUCCACAAGGGCAAUUUCUUCCAGAAUAUUGGCAGUAUUAUGGUAUUUGCCAUAUUUGGCACAGCCAUAUCUGCUUUUGUGAUUGGUGCAGGAAUUUAUCUUCUUGGACUGGCUGAAGUUGCUUACAAGCUCAGUUUCGUUGAGAGUUUUGCUUUUGGCUCUCUCAUAUCGGCUGUUGAUCCUGUUGCGACAGUCGCUAUAUUUCAUGCCCUGGAUGUAGAUCCUGUACUCAAUAUGUUGGUUUUUGGUGAAUCCAUUCUCAAUGACGCUAUAUCCAUUGUUUUAACCACUUCCGUACUUGAAUCUAAUAACGCAGCCACCACUAGUGAAGCAAUUAUUGUUGGAAUCAAUAGGUUCUGCCUCAUGUUUUUUGCUUCUGCUGGAAUUGGUGUUGUUUUUGCUCUUAUGAGCGCUCUCAUGCUUAAACACAUCGAUCUGAGGAAAAAUCCUUCGCUCGAGUUUGGAAUUAUGCUGGUAUUCACCUAUGCUCCUUAUGUUCUUGCAGAAGGAAUACAAUUAUCAGGUAUAAUGGCAAUCUUGUUCAACGGUAUCGUUAUGUCCCAUUACACACAUUUCAACCUCUCGACGGUGACUCAAAUUACGAUGCAACAAACUAUGAGAACUCUUGCCUUUAUUGCCGAAACUUGUGUAUUCGCAUACUUGGGACUGGCACUCUUCAGUUUCAGACACAGAGUUGAACCAGCUCUGGUCGUAUGGUCCAUAAUCCUAUCUCUGAUCGGUCGAGCAGCCAAUAUAUUCCCUCUUGCUAUUCUCGUGAAUCGUUUUCGCGAGCAUCAAAUAACUAAGAAAAUGAUGUUCAUAAUGUGGUUCAGCGGUCUUCGUGGUGCAAUUUCAUACGCGCUUUCUCUCCACUUGGAUUUUAGUGAUGAAACUCGUCACGUUAUUAUAACGACAACGCUCAUUAUUGUACUUUUCACGACUCUCAUUUUCGGUGGCUCAACAAUGCCGUUGUUAAAGUUUUUGCGAGCUGAGAAGAAACCGAAAAGUAGCCGGAGAAAGAAACGCGAUAAAGAGAUAUCGCUGAGUAAAACUAGAGAAUGGGGUCAAACAAUAGACUCCGAACACUUAUCAGAAUUGACUGAGGAAGAGAUGGAGGUGUCAUUUCUUCAGUCGCGCAUACGUGGUUUCGCACGUUGGGAUUUAAAGUUCUUCAUACCAUUUUUCACGCGUCGUUUCACACAGCAAGAGUUGAAAGAUUGCAAAUCACAAAUGACGGAUUUGACGAAUCAGUGGUAUCAGGCGAUACGAAUAAGUCCGAUUGAAUCGGACGAGGAAACAACAACAGCUUCGACGGCACAGUUAAACGUUGUUGGAACGCCAAAUGAAACGAAAAAGGAUAGUCAUAUGAAGGAUAAAUCUGGACGACCGAGUCACGGAAUCCCUGAGGAUUGGUCAGAUUGAUUGGAUACCGACAGAACAGUACGUUAUUUUGUUUAAAAAUACGUCUCACUCUCGCAACAAGAUUUAUCUAAGGUUGAUCACUUUGUGUUUGUCAAUCGGUAAUAUUCAUCGAAAUUUUUGGUAUUCCUAUCAAUCAUCUCGGAGCACAAGAAAUUUUUUUGAACUCCAUGUAUUCAUAACACUGAGAUAUUAUUCAAUUUCUUAUAUGAAUGUAAAAGUUCGGUUGUCCGGCUUUUAUUAUUAAAGGUUUUCCUUUUCUACGGCUGGCCGUGUAUGACAUGUAUCGACUGAAGUAACAUCACAUUUGCGUUAGUAAAACGUCUGUCAGUAACGUUA